AUGGAGGUUCCCUCCUGGAAAACCCUCAAACUUUCUCUCGAGCGACCUUACAAGGAUGAGAAUGGCGUGCCUGUUCCAGUUCUACAAGACAUAACGCCUCAGGGAGAGCAGAUAUAUGAACCAAAACAGACUACCUCACAACUGCUGAGCGGAAACUUACGCCGCAUCUUUCUUGAGCGAGGAGUCGACUUCUUUGAUAAGACAAGGGAUGGAAACCUAGCUGAUAGGAUUGUGGAGGCCCACGUUGAUGUGAAGGACACGACGUUGGACACUGACAAGAGCAACGAGGACGAGGAAACGCCCAACAUCAUGACCAGCGAAGACCUCUACAAAAUGAGGAUACAGAUAACGUCUCAGCUAUUCAUAGCGUUAGGAGAGAUGACCCAUGCACGCGACUUGCUCUCCGCCAUCCUCUCGACUCCUGGGCAAGUGCCUCACUCUAUUCCUGGCAUACCACGUCAAGAAACGCACCCAGCUGCUCCGCUCUCUGCUACCAUCAUCCGAAAACCUCUACCUAUUGUCUCCGUUCAGGCUUUCAACACACAGCUGGCAAUUGGUAGCAAAGAUGAGGCAUUAAGAAAGGCCUCCGAUGUAUUCAAAGUAGCUGCCGACAGAUUGGAGGGCGGUAGGCUGCGUGGAGAAAAAUACUGGGCUGACGCCCUCAAAAUACGACGAGAGAAUUGGGCACUGAUACCAGCGCCGUUACCACUGGGGUCAGCGACUGGAAAGGGAGCUGACAAGUCAUCCAAAGACUUUCUGAUAUCGUAUGGUCUGGAAGAAUCUUCUUCCAGCUUCAGACGUCGCGCUAUUGGGCACAUGGCAUCUCUCGAAAAUGCUGCUGAAGGGUUGAUAUUUCCUUUUCGUCAACAUACCUUACUACGUGUUUCUUUGACAAGCAGUGAAGGCCGCACUUCUUUGGCAUUCUCAAAAGGCGACUCGCGGUCAGAGGACUCUGCAUUAAAUAACUCACUCAAUAAUGCCCAACGAGAAAUCGUUGAACAGGAAAUCUUCUCUCUCCUGGUCCAUGAAGCCAGCAAACUACCAACUGCAUCUGCCAAGGUUUCCGAACGUCUAAUCGUUAUUGACUCGGCUCUGGGUACUGAACUGAAGUUUGAACUUGUCGAAAGCGAUUCUGUUAUACCUUCGGCCUCCCAGAAUCCGCUACAGCAAGCAACCUGUGACUUGAUCUAUUAUUCUUUACACGCCCUACUUCUUCGGAGGCACCAGCAUCUUAAAUCACAAAGACUGAGUGGGAACGAUGCUCCCAAGACAGACCCACCGCCUGUACUGCAGCCAAUUAUUGAUCUACUGCAGUACCAAGUUUUCUGCCAGAGAGUUAAGACAGUCAUAGAGGGCAUCGUUACUGCCCUGACCCUAGCCGGUAUAGCAUCCACGCUCCGAUUUCAACCUGUGGGAGAAGUGGGACAUAAGCUCGUCAACCUCUUGGACAACCAUCAUGCAAAAACUGUAGGUGGUCAAUGCAUCCUGAGGAUUGAUAGACGUCAUACUAUCCGAUUCUCCUUCUUGGCACCGUCAACAUUGCAGGCGCACUUAGCGCAGGCAACUUUGACAAUAUCAUCUAUUCCUCAGCUAAAUCAGCUACUCACUGAUGACGUCGGGCGCUUCCUGCUUCAGAGAAUAUGUGAACUCGGUCGCGAAAUAAGUGGCGAAGUCAGCGGAAUCUGGUUUCUUGACUUGAACCAAUGUGUAGGCAGAUGGGAGGGUUGCACACUGUACGUUUUAUGCCAGCCAUCCAACAUGAAGCUAAUCAUCGACCAUCAGCAACUUCCGGAUUGA